AUGAACGGAAUCAGUGUAGAUAUGAACCACCUGAAGAAGGGCGAGGUCAACCUCGGAACCUCCAUUAUGGCCGUCAAGUUCAAGGACGGAGUCGUGCUUGGCGCAGACAGUCGAACAACCACAGGAGCUUUCAUUGCCAACCGAGUCACCGACAAGCUUACUCAAGUCCACGAUAAGAUCUGGUGCUGCCGAUCUGGCUCCGCCGCAGACACACAGGCCGUGGCAGACAUUGUCACUUAUCAUCUGCAAUCAUACGCCGCCCAGAACGACAAGGACCCCUCUACGAAGGUGGCGGCCUCAAUGUUCCAGGAGCUGUGCUACAACAACAAGGAUAACCUCACUGCAGGUAUCAUUGUGGCUGGCUACGAUGACAAGAACGGAGGUGAGGUGUACAGCAUACCUCUUGGUGGUUCGUUGCACAAGCAGGACUACGCCAUUGCCGGUAGUGGAUCCACAUACAUUUAUGGUCUUUGUCAAAAGAACUUCAAGCAGGACAUGACCAAGGACGAGUGUGUUCUGUUCAUCAAGAACUCGCUUGCCCAGGCCAUUAAGUGGGACGGUUCGUCUGGAGGAGUCAUUCGAAUUUGCAUUCUCACCAAGGAUGGAGCUGAGCGACAGAUCUUCUUCCCCGACGAGUAUGAGGCUGAUUACUGA